CUGAACUUUUAAACACAAUGUUUUCCUAUUUCAGUUUUACAGAUGAACACUGACACUGGGACAUCUGUGCAAUGGAUAUUUCCACCACUAUUACCAACAAUUCCAGCCUCCGGGUUUCCCAGUUCAUGCUGAUGGGGCUCCCAGGCAUUCAUGAGUGGCAGCACUGGCUCUCCCUGCCCCUGGCUCUGCUCUACCUCUUAGCUCUUGGUGCCAAUCUUCUCAUCAUGAUCACCAUUCAACAUGAUCCCAUGCUACAUGAGCCCAUGUAUCAUUUACUGGGCGUAUUGGCAGUGGUGGACAUUGGCCUGGCCACCACCGUCAUGCCCAAGAUCCUGGCCAUCUUCUGGCUUGAUGCCAAAGUCAUCAGCCUCCCUGAGUGUUUUGCUCAGAUCUAUGCCAUCCACUGUUUCUUUGCCAUGGAGUCUAGUCUCUUUCUCUGCAUGGCAGUGGACAGAUACAUAGCCAUCUGUCACCCCCUUCAGUACCCCUCCAUAGUCACUGAAGAUUUUGUCAUCAAAGCCACAGGAUUCAUGGUACUCAGGAAUGGACUGUUGACCAUCCCAGUUCCUGUACUGGCUUCCCAGAGACACUACUGCUCUAGAAAUGAAAUUGAGCACUGUCUCUGCUCUAACUUGGGAGUUAUCAGCCUGGCUUGUGACGACAUCACUGUGAACAAAUUUUACCAACUGAUACUAGCAUGGAUCCUGUUGGGGAGUGAUAUGGCUCUGGUGUUUUCUUCUUAUGUUCUAAUCCUUCGCUCUGUGUUAAGGCUGAACUCAGCAGAAGCAAUGUCCAAGGCUCUGAGCACCUGUAGCUCCCACCUCAUCCUCAUCCUUUUCUUCUAUACAGGGAUCAUUGUGCUGUCUGUCACACACCUUGUAGAGAAAAAUAUUCCCCUUAUCCCUGUAUUCUUUAACAUUCUACACAAUGUUAUCCCCCCUGCACUCAACUCCAUGGUCUAUGCACUCAGAAUGCAUGAGCUCAGACUGGCCUUUCAGAGACUGCUUCGUGACUGCUGAGUGAAGAUGUGUCCAAGUAACUCCAACUGCAGGAAAUCAUUAAGGUGUUAGCAAGGACAGAGGUUUUAGCUUUCAAUAGACCUGGGUUGUAAUUUGCAUUUACCACUC